GUCCUCUGAACUCCGAAGCAAAUUCCAUGCUGCUUUUUGAAUGUUCAAAGAUGAAACUUGAAACCUCAAAUACAAAAGUUUUUAAUUCUCUUGUAUUUCAAAAAAAUAAAAAAUACUCCACAAAUUGCAACGAAUAGUUAAUUUGGACAUAGGAUUAGCAUGUUCAGAUAUUUAAUAUUUUCAAUCAUGUUUCCGGACUAAGAAUUUUUUAUUUUUUAUUUUUCAAAAAAUCUCUCUAUGUGAAAAAAUAGUUCCAAAUUAAGUUGUUACUUUUGUCCCUAAAAGUUUGAAUGAAUUAAUAUUAUUUAGAUCAAAGAUUAUUUAUCAUUUUUCCGUUCUAAGAAAAUAAUUUAUUUUAUUAUACUGUUUUAAUUUAAAACAAUAGAGCAUAUUUUCUUAGACGGAAGAGGUAAUUGAUAAAUUAGUAGUGGAAAUGGCAUGUUUAGUGGGAUACUGAGAUUUAUCAUUGGAAUGUUUAGUGGGAUACUGAGAUGUAUCAUUGAUCAAAGGUGACAUGGUGGACUGGAGACUGAAUUAGGAGCAGCCAAGUGAGAAUUUUAGCCAUUAUAAAUAUUAUAACAUGUUGACUGAAGGCUGUGACCGCCUGAUUCUCAUAGUAUAAAGUCAUAAGUGACUCGAUUUCUUGCCAGCGACUGAUCAAAUUUCAUCAAAAAAAAUCAUCAACAAAAAAUGGCAGAAGAUCAUGAAGAGCAAGGCUUCAGCCAAGCGUUGUUGUUAGCAUCGGCGGCGUGGGUGCCGAUGGUGUUAAACGCCGUCAUACGCCUCGACGUGUUGGAAAUCAUCGCCAAAGCCGGCCCGGGUUCCCAACUCUCGGCUUCGGAGAUCACGGCCAAGUUGUCCACCGUGAAGCCGGAGGAGGCCGCGGUGAACCUUGACCGGAUGCUGGCACUCUUGGCCGGUAACUCGGUAGUGACUUGCUCCGUCGAGGUCGUGGAUGGCGUCGUGCAAAGGCGUUAUGGUUUAGGACCAGCCGGCAAGUAUUUUGUUAAAGGAGAACAAUACGGUGGUGCGUCGCUGAGCCCGCUUUUGGCAUACCUUGUCGACAAAGACGUGAUGGGUACUUGGUAUGGAUUAGAAGCUGGAAUUUUGGAAGGAGGAACUGCAUUCGAGAAAACACAUGGAGCACCACUGUUCAAGUACAUUGCAAACGAUCCCAGAUUGAUGAAUUUCUCCAACGUUGCAAUGACAAAUUACACAGAAUUGAACAUCAAAAAGCUUCUUGAAUGCUACAAAGGUUUUGAAAAUGUCAAAACUUUGGUAGAUGUGGGUGGAGCUCGGGGUCAAGUUUUGUCUAUGAUCACCUCCAAAUACCCAAACAUUAAGGGUAUCAAUUUUGACUUACCCCAUGUCGUCGGGAAUGCCCCGUCAUAUCCCGGAGUAGAGCAUAAAGGUGGAGACAUGUUUGAAAGUGUUCCUGAAGGAGAUGCAAUUUUAAUGAAGUGGAUUUUACAUUUAUUCGACGAUGAAAAGUGCGUAAAAAUCCUUAAAAAUUGUUACAAGGCGUUACCAGAAGACGGAAAAUUAUAUGUGCUGGAAUCAAUUGUUCCGGCAAAUCCAAGCGAGAGCGAUAUAGGUGAGAAGAGCACCCUCCAAAUUGAUCUUCUGAGGGUGGCAUUUGCAUCUGGUCCGAAGGAAAGAACAGAAGCUGAAUUCAAAGCCUUGGCUAAAAAAGCAGGAUUCAAAGGCAUCAAACUUGAAUGUCUCGUCUGCAACCUUUGGGUAAUUGUGUUUCAAAAAUGAUUCCAUUUAAUUUGCUUUCUUGUUGUAGCAACUAAUGAUCAAUGGUUGUUUUUAAUCGUAGCCUCUUGAAAUCAUUACAUGAAAUAAAACUACUACAAGUUUCUUGUCAUUUUACCCAAUAAGUGCUUAUUAGUGAUCAUUGUCAUUGAUUAUGGUUCAAUUUUGAUGGUUUCAUAAAGGGUGCAUUACCUGUAGAAAAAUAACAGCAAUAAAAUAAAAAAUCAAUGUGGACAAAUAAUCAAAUGGGACAAGAAGAGAUGAAAUAUUUAAUGAUAUGUAUAAUGAAAAAAAAUAGUGAAAAUAGAUAACGAGUGAUGUAGAGUAUUCUCGACCUCUAGUUUUUUGGCACUUUUCCGUUAAAAUUUUAUCUUUCCCUGAAAAAUUAUAUUUUUAUCCUUAAUUAAUAAGUACACGUAUUUAAUGAGGAUAAUGUAUUUGUCUUUUCAUUAGUCACUAUUCUAUUUCACUAUAAUAUGUCAUUGUGUCAAUCAUUACUCUUUGAUUUUAUAUUGUUUUGAUACUUUGUGAUAGAAUUUCUUUUUGAUGAUAUGUUGUCUUCGUGAAUUGUGCGUCU